AUGACUUCUGGCCCAGUCCAACACCGGAAAUCCAUGAUUCAUGGACUUCCCGUCAUUCUGCGCAUGCUCAGAGUCAAUCUUCCUCCAAGAGACAGACUGGGACUACAGAGUGACCUCAUUGCUCUGUGCCGGGCUGGCUUAGUGUCAGGUCCUGAUGUUCUUAAAGUGGUGGAGGCAUUCAGCAACGAGACAAAUUACACAGUAUGGAAUGACUUGAUUUCUAACAUGGGUGGUGUGGGGGCAAUUCUACAGUACUCUGACUGUUACUCUAGCUUCCAGGCCUUCGGCAUCAAGCUGUACGAACCAAUCGGCAACAAGCUUGGCUGGGAUCCUGUAGAAGGAGAAGGACAUCUUGACGCCCUUCUACGAGGUCUGAUAAUCGGCCGUUUAGGCAAAUAUGGCCACCCAGCUACUCUCGCUGAGGCACGUAAACGAUUUCAGGCUCACUGCGCAGGUGAGUCCACCAUCCCAGCGGACUUGAGGUCAGCGGUGUACAGCACAGUUCUUAAACAUGGCGAUGACGUUAGCUUAGACGCCAUGUUGAAGCUGUUUAGAGAAGCUGAUUUACACGAAGAGAAAGUGCGAUUGAUGAGAUGUAUGGGGGCGGUGUCACAACCUGAACUGAUCAAGAAGGUGUUAGAUUUCUCCAUAUCGGAAGAAGUUCGUUCCCAGGAUACCGUGUUUGUGAUUGCGGGCGUCACUGGCAGUGUGAAAGGCCGUGACAUGGCCUGGAAAUUCGUUCAAGACAACUGGGACGAACUGUACAAUCGUUACGAAGGAGGAUUCUUGCUUUCUCGACUCAUCAAGUCAACCACGGAGAUGUUUGUUACUGAACAAUCCGCUAAAGAUAUCGAGGUAGGUUUGUUCUUCAUGCUUUCACCAGUUGAGUAAUUUAGCCCCCAUUAUCCUUGCUGGCUUUUUCUUCGAGCUUUAGCCUCUUCUGUGAUUUGCAAGUUAGAAAUCAACUAUCGGGUUGUUGUUCUUAAAGCAGUUGAUAGAGUUCCCGCAAACUUAAGGAUGCUAUCCCUUCAACCAGUAAGCUUCAAGACCAAAUGCGAUUAGAACUGGUCACAUGUUUUCCCGCUCUGACCACCAAAUAGGCGAAUAUAUGCUUUCUCGCGCUUACAACGAAUACCUGUUUUCUGCGUUUUCAGCGGUCACAUAUUUUUCAGCUCUUAACGCCGGUCAUAUAUUUUUCGGCGCUUAACACUGGUCGCCUGUUUUUGCGCGCUUAACAUCGGUUACAUGUCCUCCCGCGCUUAAGGUGGCUCUAAACGGU